GCGAGAAUAUAUGACUCUGUUUUGAUACUUCAUACUGGGUGAAGGCGGAAGAGUCUUCGAAUGGUCGGCAACUUGAAAUGUUUCGACGCUCUCAAUUAAAUUAAGAAUCAGUGUGGGAUCAAAGCCAUAAGGACGUGGUUAAAGACGUUCAAAAAUAUUUCUGAAGGUCAAGAAGAGUCUGUGACUGCAGUUUGAUGGUUGAACCCCAAACAAACCUGACAAACAUGUUUCUAACAUUCAUUUUAAUAUGUUCAGCGUUUAAUACAUUUAACGUUGCCAUUGCUGCUUCAUUCGAAUGUCUUGCCUUGAAUGAAUACCUAGCAGGGACGGAAUGUUGCCCUGAAUGUCUGCCUGGACAGUAUGUUGUAAAGGACUGCACAGAGAGAAGCAUUACAAAGUGCUCAAGGUGCCCCGAUGGUACUUUCCAAGCCGGCUAUAAUGAGCAGAAGCAAUGCUCUAACUGUACAAAGUGUGACGCAGGUCUCGGUCUGAAGGUGAAGAAGUCGUGUUCAUCAACAUCAGAUGCUGUGUGUGAGGUCCUGGAUGGAUUCUUCUGUAGUGACUCUAACGGAGGUGGAUGUAGGACUGCUCAGAGACACACGGUUUGCCGUCCUGGUCAAUACAUCGGUCAAAGAGGAACAGCAGAUAAAGACACAGAGUGCCUUCACUGUACUGAUGGAACAUUCUCAGAUGGCACAUCGUCAUGCCAACCCCACACAACAUGUGAUUCUGGGGUGCAGAUACAACAAGGAACUGGUUCAACUGAUUCUACAUGUAUUACAUAUGUGCCCUCUAUGUAUAUACUCAUAAUAAUAAUAGUAGGGUCUCUUGCAAUCAUCGUCCUGAUAGCAUUGAUUUGUAGAAGACAUCUGAAGGAACCACUGGAACAGGGGAAGGAGUUUUACGGAAUGCUUCAUCAACAUCUGUUGAAAAGGGAAACAAAGGAACAGAAGAGGAAAGAACAUGAGGAGAUGAAGAAGUUAGUUGGUGGAGCUGCUGGAGAAGGGACAUCUGGUCUCCCAUCCACACCUCUCCUCUCUACAGAGCUUCCUGCAGGUCUAGAGACAUCCAUCCCUCCAGCUCCCUCCAGUGAAACACAGCCUGCUGAAGUGACUACACCACUAAGGUCCACUGACGGUCCUGAACCAACCGGGGACCAACAAGUCACCCCCCUCAGUCUGUCAGCUAGAAGGUGUCGUGUUCGCUCCAAGUCGGUAUCAAGUCACUUUAAUAUCCCAAGACCCAGGCGCCGUGCUUCACUACUGAAGGGGAAUGACGUUGCAGAAGAAGAAGAAUUGCCAGUUCUAGAAAAUCUGGAUUAACCUGAAAGUGAAUCUGAUGACUCAAACUCAAAAACGGAGGAGGAAAUACACCAGUCUGAAACAUUUAUUGUGAAUUUCUUGAUGAUACUUGAUGUUUUUACACUAUUUUUCACACUAACGAUGACGUGUACAUUUUUAACUCAUGAUUCAUUUUGUAGAGAAUGAGGCUGUGGUUCCGUGCUAAACUUUAGGUGCUAUCAUUGUAUUGAAGGUGCAAUAAUUCAGGUGCUGAACAGUGUUUCUAUGCUCCACUUUAAGUGAAACACGGCCUGCUACUCCAUGGGCCUCUACGGAUUCUGUUUAUUGUGCUUAGGAAAUUUUUAUUUGUGGGCAAUUUGCUUAUGAUGUUGUAACGAGUCUACAUUGUCUACAUUGGUCCUUCGCGAGUGUUUACUGGUGGUCAGGAUUUGGCAGGUGCAAUUCUCCUCUGGGUGCUUGUAUUUUUUUAUUUUUUUUUUAAUGCAGCAUAUGCUACCAGCAGCCCUUGCUCGUCUUCAAGAGGCUGAUGCUCAGUACCUCGUUUCAUUUCGUACCCUCUUUACAGUCUGCCAUUGUUUGUCUGGUAAACUUUGUUGACGUCAAGAUAAGUGUUAAAUUGCCAACACGGUUCUUUGUCCUGUGUGUAUUAGUAUUACAUAUCUCGAGCCAAUACCCUGGUGUUUCCAACGCCGUUUUGCAAAACAAGCCAAAACACAAACUGUGGUUUUCAACUUUUAUUGUUCGAAUAGGAUUUUCAACACCUGAGAAUACGCUGUAGAGCAUAUUGUAAUGCAGCGUUGAAUGGAUGAAUAGCUUACAUAAGGGUACCCAGCACUUUUCAAACCACACUCAAGCUUAUGGUUAUUGUCCCCACCACUUCUAAAAACAAAUUGACGCCCUUGCAUGUAUGUCAUUAUUUGACACCUUAGUAUGGUUAAACAUGACUAUAAAUCAUUACAACAACGUUUAUAGGUCAUAAAAGUCGAAAAAGCAAAAUAGACAACUGAUUACAGCGUGAUAACCCUGGGGGUGGUCAGAAUCGACCACCACGAGGCGGUCCUGUUGGUGGGAUGGUUUGUGCGUUGUUUGAUUAACAAGUGGGGGUUUUAAAUAAAGGCAGCUCUCGGGGUUGUGCGGUGUUUGGGGCGCAAGAGUUGCAAACUAAGUUAACAAGGCGCCUUGUUCAAACUACAUGCGUCCGUCGACGGAUGGGGGCUUUUUGAGGCCUUGUUCACACUACAUGCGUCCGUCGACGGAUGGCCGAGGGUGUGUCUGACGUAUGGGGGACUAGUCUUUGCAGACACAUACUGCCAAUCAAAUCGCUUCCCACCACACAGCCGAUGUGUGGAUCUUAAAUACAUUGCACUUUCUAAAAAGCUUUUUUAACUUUGCCUUUAAUUUCUAUUUUAAUACUAAAAUGCCUUAACUUUCUAUUUUACUCAUUUCUUUGCAUUAGCGGUACAUGUCAUGUCCACGGGUUGUAUUUAUAAGUUGUACAAAAUAUCUUCCUUUAAUAAUACUAAUCAAUAAUCAAUUUUAUAUUGGGGCAGUUAUUUUUCAUUUCAUUUAAAAAGGUCAACCAGUUCCAUAAUUUUUUUUUCAGAAAAUGCAUAUUCUAUACUAGAAGUUGCUGUUUUUGUGCUGCCCUAAUGCUGAAUGUCAGGUGUUGCUUUAAGAAAAAACAAUAAACUAUGUAUUUUUGAGAAUUAUUUUCAUCAUUAUUUGUUGGAAAUAAUCAUUAUAAUAUGAUGAAGGUGUUUGAAAAACAAUUCUAAUUAUUAAUAAACAUUACAUUUUCCACUUUGUGCGAGUCCGAGAAAUUUCCGUCAACCGUGUUGCCCACUGACAAAACCCCUAUAAUUCAGCAAGGGUUUGCUCCAAAGUCACAUGUCCAACACCACGUGAUGUCAUUUCCUGCAGUGGCGGUAAAUUUGAAAACAGUUCGGUAAAUUUUUCCUUCUCCUCUUCAAUAUUUCAUCAAUAAUUUGGGUUUUACAUUGAAUGGGUUAAUGGCUUGUCAACUGUGUUAUCAACAUUUUCUUGUUCACUUGUAUUACACAUUAUUUCUUACUAAUAUUAACUGAAAGUGUAUAAAAACACGAGUUGAUCAAGGUCAUAUGGCGACAGGUUCAAGGUUGCCAGUUAGCACAAGGCCCCAAAAUGGCCGAACUGUCAACCCUGUUACCUGUCAACUGUUACCCAUCAAGUGUAACACAGUUGACAGGGAGUAACACUGUUGACAUGUUGCCAGGUUUCAUUGUGAUAGUUUAUGCUUAUAUUGUUUUGUUAUUUAAUAAUGAAUGCAUACUGAAUAACUGGUACAUUAACUAACCAUUAAUAGUGUUAACUAAGUAUUGACUAACUGUUUUAGGAAGAUGAGUCGCUUAUCUGCGACUGACAAGCAGCACCAGUUCAGGGCCCGGCGUAAUGCUGAUCCUGAGAAAAGGGCUGCAUGUUUACAGAAGCGCAGGGAGACAUGGCAAGAGAACAAGCAGCGAGGAAAGGUGAAGGCAGUGAAAGAUUUAAGCGAGAGGGGGAAGAGAAGGAAGCAAGCAUAUUGGAGAAAAGCCCAACGUCAGACCAGAGAGAGAAAGAAAGUGAUAGAGAACCAGUUUACUCCACCCCAGAGUCCUGAAGUUAAUCCACAGCCUCGGAUGUCAAGGUAGAGAUUUUUCUUUAUAGAAAAUAGGUUUAUCAAUAAAUUAUGAAAUUAUGUUGAAAAAACUAGAGUAACGGCUUGUCAUCGUUUUUCUGUUCAAUGAAUAUGAAGUUUAGAACUCAUGAUCUAUAAACUAAUGCUUUGUUUAUCAUUUUAGACAGAGAAGCGCUGGAAGGACGAAAGUCAAGAGAAGGGAGUCAAACUUAUACAGGGAAAUCCAGGCUCUUAGGGAAUCACUCAAUGAACAGAAAAGAAAAACUGAAAAAUACAGGAAAAGACUAACAAGACUACACCAAAAUUCAGAGUCACCCAGAUCAAAAACCCGCCACCUCGUAGGAAGGGUUCCUGUGUCUCGAGAGAUAUUUCAGAACGUCAACAUGGCAAUGAUGAUAUGGCAGCCAAAAUAUAAAGUGUUGCCCAUAUAACUUUUGAAUGAAAGCAUGUCUGAACAAUAAACCUUAAUUAACAAUAAAUGUAUUGAACCCACACAACUUUGCUGCCCUCAAAAUAUGUUAAACAUUUUGAUGGUAAAUACAAAUUGGAAAAUGUUUUUUUUCAAUCUAGAAUUAAUUUUCAAGAUAUAUUUAGGCCUACUUUUAUUUCAUAUUUAUAUUAUUGACAAUGCAACUGCAUCAGCAUAUUGUCGCCCAGCAGAAUACAGUUCAGAAGAGGGCUGUUGUCCAACCUGUCCACCAGGAAUGCAUGUUAAUAGACAUUGCACAGAAUUCAGAAGUACAUCAUGUGCAUCUUGCACAGAAGGUACUUUCCAAGAUGGCAACAAUGGGC